UCGUUAAAGGAUGAGUUUAGUUUUUGGGUUACACAAAAAAAUGUAACUAGAAAACACUCUCAUUAAUUCGAUUGGAAAUAAAUUAAGAUAAUUUUCAUAAACUAAAUUCAAAAUUUCUGGUACCCAACAUGUUUUCUCUAUCAAAACAAGUUUUGAAUAUUACACGCCAUGCAAGAAUAUUAAAACAAAUCAAUGCAAACGCAAAACUCCUAUAUAUUCGCUAUGAUCGGGAACAAAAUCGAUUUUAUUCAGCUGAUGCAGUCUCGUGUGCAAGUGAAGGAUAUAAGAAAGGAAUUAUACUAGGACAUUAUCUAAACGAAAAUGGAGAACCUGUUCUUACACCAGCAUGUUGUAAAUUCAAUGAGAAAAUGCAAGGGAGGUUAUUGGAAUUAAUAGUAAAAUCCGGUAAAUGGAAACGAGGACAAUGUCGAUGUUUUAAUAAUAUUGAAGAUGAAUUUUGGUCAGUGGCUUGUGUAUGCUUAGGCCAAAAAAACUUAGGAUACAAUAUUUUAGAAGCUAUUGAUGAAUCAAGAGAAUCAGUACGAGAAGCUGCAGGUUCUGGCGCACAAUGUUUACACGCUCAAGGUGUUGCACACAUAUUUGUCGAAGGACUAGGCCGCCCUGAACAGGCUGCUGAAGGUACUGCAUUAGGUGUAUGGCGAUACCAAGAAUUCAAAAACAAAAAGCAUCGCAUGGCCGUACCCACUCUCGAAUUAUACGAUGAUCCAGAUCAUGAAUCAUGGCAACGUGGUUUAUACCAAGCAGAAGCACAGAAUUUAGCUCGAAGAUUAUGCGAUGCACCAGCUAAUCAUAUGACGCCUACAGCAUUCUCUCAUGAAGCGAUAUCAUCUUUGUGUCCAUGUGGUAUCAAAGUUGAUGUGCACGAUAAGGAUUGGAUGGAAAGUCAAAGAUUGGUUGGUUUCUUAACAGCGGCACGAGGUUCAUGUGAACCACCUGUCUUUAUGGAAAUACACUAUUGUGGCGGUCCCGUUGAAGAAAAACCAAUAGCUUUAGUUGGUAAAUCCACCACAUUCGACAGUGGCGGCUUGUGCUUGAAACCAUGUUACCAAAUGUCCAAAUAUCGUGCAGACAUGUCUGGAGGUGCAGCAGUAGUAGCCGUUAUGCGUGCAGCUGCUAUGUUAAGUUUACCCAUAAAUCUUGUUGGAACCAUUGCUUUAUCGGAGAAUAUGCCAAGCGGUAUGGCUAUGAGAGUUGGUGAUAUCGUCAAAUACAAUAAUGGUUUAACCGUUGAAAUUCAAAGAACUGACCAAGAGGGGCAUUUAAUCUUAGCUGACAGUUUGUUAUACACAAUCAACAACCAUAAACCCCGAUUGGUUAUCGAUAUGACGACAAUGACACGAGGUAUAAGACAUUUGUUGGGAUCAGCUGCUGUUGGUACUUUCAGUAACAGCGAAUAUAUGUGGAAACAAAUCCGUAAAGCUGGUGUCAUCACUGGAGAUAGAUGUUGGCGUUUACCCUUAUGGAAAUUUUACAAAAAGAAGACCAGCAAAUAUACUUAUGUAGAUCUCAACAAUCGUGGACAUGGUCAAGGUACGCCUUGCUUAGCUGCAGCUUACCUCUCAUACUUCAUCGAUUGUGUUGAUUGGCUUCAUUUGGAUACCACAGGAAUUGGUUUAAUCGCACAAAACAGAAUUUAUCCAUACCUAACCAAAGACUACAUGAUGGGACGACCAGUCCGAACAGUCAUACAAUUAUUGUAUCAAUUAGCCUGUCCGAAUGAAUGUGAUCGACCAUAUUGAAAACGUUAACCCGACUAUGUUCUCCAUUUAGAUUUGUAAUUUUUUUUUUUUGAAGUUAAAAAAUUGUUUUGGUUUGACUUGUAAAAUCUUUCGUUUUGUAAAGAAAUUUUUUUUAAGGAUUUAUUUGUACCCAAAAAAAUUAAAGUAAAAAUUUGUAACACGAAAUAUUGAAUUUCUUUUUCAACGCAAUAUUUUCGUUUUAUGCAUUUACAGAAUUCUACCUUGAUUCAUUUUGGUUGUUGGACAAAACUUCCGUUUUCGGUAGUUUGGAAAGUUUUGCAAGCCGAAAGAUUUCACAUGCUCAAUACAACUGUUUUUGUAAUGCAUAAUAAAAAUAUUCGGUUUCUACCAUUCUACACUUAUUUCUUUUUUAGCUUAUCGCAUCUUAUGAUAAAACGGUAUUCGUAAGAAUAAUUUGUAGUUGUAAAUUGUAAUUAAAC